GCUUAUUGGUCAAUUCUACGAAAAACCUCGCUUUCGCUCUCGGAAUUCGCGGGAAGAAGCACAUGAAGAAGUUGAAAAUAGGCGGAGUAUAUAUUCUCGGGAAGCAGGUUUCUGUGUAAUAUGAUAGGGCAGCAGAAAAUAUCAUCUUUCUUCUCACCUGUGCAACAAAAAAGGCCUUUAUGCAGCAAAGAAGACACAAAUGUUCCAGUCAAAAAAGCAAAAAAUGAUCCUGCUGAUAGCAAGGAAAAUGUCCAUGAGGCGCUGACCUCGCCCUCACUAAGUCCUGAGCAGAAGCAAAGAAUAGAUAGAAACCAAGCCGCUGCUAAAGCCAAACGUAUUGCCGCACAAACCAAAGGUCUGGUUGUCAAUAUGGGAGCUUCCUGGAUGAAGGCCUUGGAACCAGAAUUUAGCAAGCCUUACUUCACAAAGCUCAGUGAGUUUAUUCAUAGUGAACGGCAAAAAUCCUUAGCCAUCUUUCCACCAGCUGACCAAGUUUUUACAUGGACACAAAUGGAAGAUAUCAAAAAUGUAAAAGUGGUGAUCCUUGGUCAAGAUCCAUACCAUGGUGAUGGCCAAGCUCACGGUUUAUGCUUUAGUGUGCCAGAGAAGAUAAGACCACCUCCAAGUUUAGAAAAUAUGUUCAAGGAACUGGAGUCUGACAUUGAAGGAUUUAAACCCCCUGGACAUGGCAACCUCACAGGCUGGGCUCAGCAAGAUGUCCUUCUCCUGAAUGCUGUACUCACAGUGCAGGCUCAUAGGGCUAACAGCCACAAGGACAUGGGCUGGGAGAAGUUUACAGAUGCUGUAGUAUCAUGGAUCAACAAAAACCUCCAUGGCGUGGUCUUCAUGUUGUGGGGAUCCUAUGCUCAGAAGAAAGGGGCUUGUGUUGACAAGAAGAGGCACCACGUAUUGUCUACAGUCCACCCGUCACCUCUCUCUGCUUACAGAGGUUUUCUGGGAUGCAAACAUUUCUCAAAAGCAAAUGAACUUUUGAAAAAACAAGGCAAAAAACCAAUUGACUGGACAUAUUUACCCAAGCCGUGCAAUGGAACUUUCUCUCCUAAAUAAAGUUUUAUUUUAGGGUACUGGCAAAUUGAAAGUUGAGAUUAUGAUGGUGAACAAAACAGGAACUGAAAAUUCCAGUCGGGAAUUUUUCUAAAGACUACACAGUCAGUUUUGUCUUGUCAUUUAACAAACAUUUAGAUAUUUAAUUCCACCUCAAGUCAUUUUACAAAAACAUUCUUUCUGAAUAAUCUGUAAUUGUGCUUAGUUUUUAGAUUAAAUGUAUAACAAAUGUUUACAGUUAUUAAUUAAAAUAACUCUUUAAAAGUGAGUUGCAAUUCAGUUAAAUGUAGUAAAACCAAAAAUUCUUAUAUCAUAGUCUUUGGGUAGAUGUUUUUGGGUGGAAAGAGUGAUGUACAUAUGUAGAUUCUUUUUUUUUUGUAAAUAUUCUUCAUGCAACAGCAUUAGAUUUUAAGUAGAUUCAAUUUUCUACUCAUCUUUUUCCCUACAAAUUGAAAUAUAAAAAUAACUUUUUUGUCAAGUUGAAGUUUUAAAACAUUUCUUUUGUUAUUGUAAAUAAAAAUCAGAUUAAGAAUGUCAAUUAUGCUUUCAUUUUGUUAAAUAAUUACAAAGCUGAAUUUGGAAAUUAACAAUUUGUUCCAUUUUUACAGUGACUUGAAGAAUAAUGCAUUUCUGCAGGGUAAGCUAACAAAUGAAAAAAACAGUACUACUAGCAAAUGAAAUAUUCCCAAGUGGUGAAAAAUUUAUAAGUCAGUAACAUUACCUAAAGAAAUGUUCUUUACUACCUUAAAGUUGUUAAAAUUCUGGUAAAAUUCAAUUAUGUAUAUCCAGUAAAGAAAGAAAUUUUCUUCAGCUGAAAUCUGUAAAUUUCAAGAACAUGCUGUUGUAUUUCAGUGUGUUAUCAAAAUUAUAUCAAAUAAUUACAUUUCUUAGAACAGAAAUUUUUUAUAUUGAAUAUUUGAUCAGUAUAAAACACAUAUUUUAAGUAAAGUUGCUUUCAUUUUUCAACACCUUAACCACAAUGUUUAUCAAUACAUGUAUGACUAUAUACGAUCUAAACUUAUAAACAGAUUGAUAAAAAAAAAGCUUGUAAAACAGGAAAAUAGCAUGUAGUAAUUAGACAAUGUAAAAUAUCAAAUAUAAAUAAGAAUAAAAGGGAAAUUGUUUUUCUAGUCCAUUUCAAUAUAAUUUACAGUACAAUUUAACACUGAACAAAAUUGAUUAAUCACAGAGUUGCUUUUCUUUACAUAACAUUACUUUUUAGAUAUUUAAAAUCGCUCCGUUUUCUAGCACUGAAACAUUAAGAAAGAAUGCCAUCUCACUUAGUGUCUACUUGGGUUGAGAAUAUUUUUGUUACUCUAUUAAGUGCUGGAAGUAAUCUGUAAAUAAUUAGGACCCGGUAGCUACAGUCAUCAUUCAAGAGAUAUUGAUGUUGACCAGAAUAAAAUAAUUCUUAUCAU